UCUGCUAGGGUUUCUUCUGGUUUGUUUUCUGAGAAUUUGAAUAUUCAGUUUCGAUUUGAUUGAGGGUGAAGAAGGAUCAUGGUGGGAUUUAGAAACAGAUACAUGGUGAUGGAGGUUUUUUUGAACCCUAAUAGAGACCGUGUAGGGGAUGACUCUGUUAUAAUUACACAGUUUAAUGUCUCAAAAGCUAUAAGAGAUAGCAUAUUGGUGAAUUUCGGGGAAUGUGGUUUGGCUUCUUCACUGGGAUCAUUCCAGGUUAAGUAUGUGAAUCCAAUCACGAAUGUGUGUAUCAUUAGGGCUUCAAGAGAGGAGUAUCAAAAAGUAUGGUCUGCCAUUACAAUGGUCAGAAAUAUUGGAAAUUGCCCGAUCGUGUUUAACCUGCUGGAUUUAUCUGGAAGUAUAAAAGCUUGUAAAAAUGCUGCCUUGAAGUGUGAGGAAUCAAAAUUUGAGCAAUACAAACUCAUGGUUGGCGAUCGAUUCUCUGCUGAUGAUACUCAUCGCAUGAAUAACUAUCUUGACAGGAUCAAAGUUUUGGAGCACUAAAUAGUUUGCCGCUAACGAGUGUCUCAUUGAGCUUUCUCAGUUUCUUGCAAUUAGUUUGUGUUCAAUUUUAAUCUCGGUUAAAUUUUAAUCUCGCUAAUCAUAGGUUCUUAUUUAUGCUAGUUCAGUGCACACUCUUUUCACUGAAGAUGCAGUCUCCCGUUUAGUUUGUGCUCUGACUUACCAUUUUUUCUUGAGUUUACCUGUAAUAGUAGCUAGUGCAUGGUAUAGAGUUACAGCUUCUAACCAUGAGAAAAGAGGCUUGUGAAAAUGUGUAAAUUUGCACCUUUUUUUUUUUUGGUCUCUGACAAAUUCAUUGUAAAUUACUAACUAUUUCUAGUUAUAGGAUAGAUUAUCAGAGGUAAACUUGUUUUUGUUUUGAGUCUGCAUCUAGUUUCUUCCUUUUUUUCACCUCAAUUUUAUAGAUUUAUAGGAAGAGUUGCAAUCUACGUAUUAAUAAGUAAUGACUCUAAUGGAUGUUUUGCUUGAAGGAAAUUAAAGCAAGUAUUGUUAUCAAAAUUCAAUUGUCAUAUGUAACUUUCUCUUUUCUCACCACCUCCCUGUAGAGAGCUUCAGCAUCACUUGGGAAGUGCUUCCCCCUUCUGAUAAAUUGAACAAUUUUCUUUUCCCAGGAUUCUAGCUGAUAAAUAAAGUAGUUAGUCAUGUUUCUUUUAUAUUGAGAAUUGUAUCGUGUUGGGAAGAGACUACACUGGUGUGGUGCUGUUUUUCACAUUGUGGAUAGAAAGAAAGGAAAAUUAUAAAUUUCAGGGAUAAGUUCACCAUGUCAGUACUCGCAUUUUGUAAGUUUUAAGGAUUUUAGUUUUAAUUCACAAUCAGACAUUAUUCAU